AUGGUGGCGUUAGCAGCGCAGAAGAUUGAAACUGUGGGCUUGGAGGAAAUACUGAAUCGUCACUCUGAAGAAAUCACCGAUAGUGAUGAUAGCGAAGAAAGCUCCAUCAGAAGCGAACAUUCGGAAACCGAAGAAGAAGAUUCGGAAGAUUCAGAAUCAGAUGAAGCUUUGGACGAAGAUGAAGAGCAGGAGGAUGAAAAUUCAGAACAAGAAAGUGAAGAAGAAGAGCCAAAUGACAAAAAGCGUUGCGAUCAUUGCGAUCACCAAGAUGUUGACGUAAAAAUGAUAGCUGCAUGCCCAAAAUGYCAUUGGCACGAUGCUUURUCAAAUCCAUCUCCUCGCUUCAGUGCGCACAAACGUGUUGGCGAAGGUGUGAAACAUGGCGUAAGUAAGAUUGUGAUGCAUCAUGGGUACGUUGGUGGAGUUCACAAAGACCAUGACAUCGCACUUCUAAAGCUGUCAAAACCAGCCCUAUUAACCAAGACAGUCAAUACAGUAUGCCUACCAACUCAGAACGAAUCAGUGAUCAAUAGAAAUAAGUGUUACGUCACAGGUUGGGGUAGGAUGUACGGCUCGGUGAUGUUCCAUCAAGCAUACAGACUUCAACAAGGCUACACCCCAAUAGUCGAUCACGCGACGUGUAAAAAAAUGCUCAGCAAGUUCCACGUCAACGCGAAGACUAUGCUCUGUGCUGGUGGACGCGGAAGCAGUGCUUGCAGUGGRGAUAGCGGUGGUCCGUUAGUUUGUGAGGAGCAGGGACGUUGGGUCCAAUAUGGUGCGGUGUCCUGGGGAACGGACUAUAAAUGCCCCGUUGAUACGUAYGUGGUUUACGUGAGAAUCAGUUCGUAUUUGAAAUGGAUUAAAGAUAUCACGRGGGCAUCUCAAACUUGUCGAAUCGCAUUGAUACUGUUAGACCUUUUAUGGUGA